AUGUCCUCGUCUCAAAAGAUCACGUCCAAGAACCUGUCCUACUCGCAGAACCUGCCGCCCUUUCUCGCCGCGCUGCGCGGGCAGCACGCGCCCUCGGACGCCGACGGGCCGGACCCCAUCCUGGCCGCGCGCAGCCGGCGGCCGGCGGCCAGGCGCAGGGGCUCGGCGAGCGAGGACGCGCCGCUGGUGCUCGACGAGGAGGGCAACGUGGUCAGCGACGUCGCGGUCGGCGUCGACGGGAGCGUGUCGAGGAAGGAAGGGCCGCAGGACGGUGGUGCCACCGCUGGUGCUGCUGCGGCGGAGGAGGACGGCAAGACCCAUGCGCAGAGGGAGGGUGAGAGGGUGGCCGGUAUUGGCGCUGGCAAGAAGAGGAAGGUCGGCAGGGUUGUCGGCGGUGAUGACGCCCAGGAGGAGGAGGAGGAGGGAAAGGGAGAACGGAACGAACCGGAGAGCAAGCAUGCCGGGCAAGGAAAAGCGGGGCAAGGAAAACGACCAGAGAAGCACGGCGGUUCCGGCAGGGAGACCAAGGGAGACAAGACCCCCAAGAGCAAGAAGAAGGCCAAGAAGAUCAAACUGAGCUUUGGCGACGCCGAUGGAGACUGA